CAUCGAUGUCCUCAGCGCAUGCUGCUAUGAUAUUACUAUAGAAACUAGACCAAUUGACAAAAUCAAUCAAACAUAGUCUGAAUUACCCUUUUGUACACAUCCUUUAGAAAUAAUACCUCGAAUAUCUUCUUCACAAUGAGCAAAAGGAAGCGCAGUGCCAACAAGGCCGGUCCCAAUGGCAGCCAACCUACGCAGAAGCGCGCAAAAACGGAACAGUCUCUGUCAAAUGGUGCCGAAGCUCCCAACCUCGACUUAGAAAAGUCCCCCUUUACGGAAACCCUCAAUACCGAAGCUCGAAAACGAGAAGCCAAGGUAUACGAAUUGCUUGGAAGUGCCGAUAGCGACGAACGAAUUGCUGCCGCCGAUGCGCUCGUGACCGGACUUCUGGUUUCCUCGGAAGCCGCACUUGAAAGGCAUCUCGAUAAUCGUCUAUUCCGUGGCCUUGCGAGCUCGCGUAAUGCAUCCCGAGUGGGCUUCAGCCUUGUAAUAGCAGAAAUCCUGAACCAGCUGUUCGGUCCCAAGAACCUCGCCGAGUCAAAAUACACUGGCUUAACGUUCGAUAAGGUGCUGAAUAUCCUGGUAGAAAAAACAACCUCCAGCGGGAAUAUUCCUGGGCAGGAGGAGAGGGACUAUUACUUCGGUCGACUUUUCGGUUUACAAUGUUUUGUAGAGUCCAAGACUCUUUUCGAUGAAGAAUCGCGAUGGCUAAAAGUCUUGGAUCUGCUGUUAAAUAUGGCCGAGAAGAAAGUCUGGAUGAGAUCGCAUUGCGGAUGGGUUAUCGUGGAAUCGCUGCCCCAGAUGGGACAGGACAGAGCAGAGGCAACACUCCAGAAAUUGUCUGAUAUUGGGCUUGGCAAAACCGCAGAGGGCAUUGGUAUCUGGGUGAAGGCGCGAAGUUGCUAUCCUAACCUGAAAACACCAGCAAAACCCUGGCAUGAUCCUAUGAAUCCGAGUGUAUUGUCCGAAGUGGCUCGGGUGUUGAAGGAUAACGUGGCACAGGAUAACGGAGAGGACGCAGCGAUUGUCAAAACCAAGCAAGGCGGAUGGAGUGCCCAAUUGCAUUUUGUUUGGGAUAUUUUACUCGCAACAUUCCUCAGUCAAGAGACAGACGGAAAGCAGGGCAAAGACCAGCUGAAACUAUUCUGGACCACCGUCAUUGAUGAUAGUCUUUUCUCCAAGAAUGCUUCUGACGCGCAAAAGUUUCGGGGCUUCGUCAUAUUUCAAAAGUUCCUCCUUGGGUUUGCGACAAGAAAAGCAAACUUUGCUAAGGAACUGUUUACUCGGAAUUUAAUGAAGUGUCUGAUGAACCAAGCUGCCAAGGAGGAUCGAUAUCUCCAUCGGGCUGCGCUGAAAAGUCUCCAAUCGAUCGAGAAAGCUGUGCAGGCCUCGCCAGAACUCCUGUUGCUAGUCCUAAACGAGCUAAUCGGAAAAGCUGGGGCUUACGACUUCGAUCAGCGAACGAAUACUAAGACUAUCGAGAACCUGCUGCAGUGGGCCACUCCGGAUAAUGCGAAGACUGUUCUUAAGCUUCUUCGAGAUCCCGUGGUUGCGAACGAUGGUGCAGCCAGCGAUGUCGAAAAGCUUAGACAGGUGUAUGCCGGUUACGUGUCUAAAUUGGCCACCCAAGCGAAGCCCGCGUCCGAAGCCUCGAGCGAUAACGAGAGUACGAAUGUCGCCGAGCUUGGCGUAAAAGAGCUAGCAGCAUGUGCAUAUUCUGUACAAAAGCAGUUCAAACCAGAAUUAUCGGAGAAAUCAAGAGAGACGUUUCGUAGAUUACUCGCGUCUACUAUCGGAAAGGUAAUGAGACGUCGAGAUGAUGCCGAAUAUCUUUGCAACGCGGUUAUCUCUGUCGAGUCCUCAGCAGUGAAUAUGGGUGAUGAGAUAAAGGCUGAACGAGAUAGCGCACUGAAAGCCAUACGAAAACUACUGAAAGCGAGCAAGAAAUCAGAUAGCAAGAAUGCUGGGGCUUCGGUUGGCCUUGCUCUGCUAUAUGCUAUUACGAUAUUACAAUUAUAUGACGGAGCACCGGAUGCUAUUAGUAUCCUCCAGGAUCUAGAGAGAUGUUCCGAGAAGAUGAAGAGCAAGGAAGGUGGUAGCUCUGAACUUCUGGUGGAGAUAUUGCUUGCAUUAGUUUCUCGACAGUCACCAAUGAUGCGGCAGAUUAGCGAGCAGGUGUUUGAGGCAUUCACUUCGCAGAUCUCUUCCGAAGCUCUUGAGCUUCUAACUGAGCCGCUUCUCGCGGAAGAAAAUCAGAAAGGAUAUCAAGCCCUGUUUGAAAACCUCGAGGACGACGACGUAGAAAUGGACGACGGUGAAGAGUCAGGGUCUGAAGAUGAAGCUGAGGACAUAGACGAGGACGAAAUCUCGGAACUUGGUUCCGACGUUGAAUUUGUUGCUCUAAAUGGCGCCGAGGCAACGGCUGACGACGAAGAGGAAGAGGAAGAGGAUGAUGAUGAUCAGCAAGGCGAGGCGGAUGCUAAAGAGCUUGCGGAUCUUGACGACGCUCUCGCAAAGGUCCUAGGAAGCCAUCGCUUGGACAAAGAUAAAGAGGCCGAAUCGUCAGAUAACGACUCGGACAUGACAGAUUCCGAGAUGAUGGCGCUGGACGACAAGCUCGUCGAGGUGUUCAAGCAGAGGGCGAAGAACACAGGCAAGAAAAAGGAGAAGAAGGACGCCAAAGAAUCCGUCAUCAUGUUCAAGCACCGCAUCCUCGAUUUCGUCGCUCUCUACCUCAAGCACGAGGCUGCCAACCCACUAGCCUUCAGCCUCCUCCUCCCGCUCCUAGAAGUCGUACACAGCACCACCGCCAAGCCUCUCGCCAACAAGGCAGUCGCGGCUAUCGAAAACUUCUCCAAAGCCUUCAAGAAGGCACGGGCCGCCGGCGGCGACAACAAGCACGAACUCGACGCCGCGGCGCAACUCGCGCUGAUGCGCGAGAUCCACCAACAGGCAGCUAAGGAUGCAGCGCACGCCUACGGCCGUGCGGCGUCGACGGCUAGCUUACUCGUCGCAUCGAGCCUUAUUGUCGCUGCCCCCGCCGGGGAUCACGUCGAGGCCAUCAAUGCGCUGUACGCGCAGACGUUUACCGAGUGCCAAAAGGGCACGCUCAAGCUACCGGGGUUCUUCUUCACCGACUGGGUUAAUUGGGGAAUGGGCCACGCGGCAAAUGCCCAGCAGCAGCAACAAUCACAACAGCAGCAGCAGCAAGAAGGGGAAUCGUAAGAAUGUGUUUACAUACGUCUGGGUUAUUGUACCUGUUAACUAGGCAACCAGGCAACCAACUUAGAUUUGCAUUAGCCAAAUGGGUGGGUAUAUCCGGGUAUAUAGUGUAUUCAAAGAUACCGAAUAUAGUAAUAUUUGUAGAAA